AUGAAACUGGCGUUGGAUCUGGCGACGGCGCCUGUGCUUGGUGUCUUGAUUCUGUGGGCGACGACGAGCAUUGAUGGUGGGGUCGUGAGGGAUGGGAUUGUAGGGGAUCCUGCGAGUAUCCAGCCGUUUUCGGUUGUUAUUUUGGUUUUUGCUUUGGCGUACAUCUGCAUCUCGAUCGACGUAACAGGUUUCUUUGCCUACGUCGCCUUCCAAGUCGCCAAACGCGGCGGAGCAUCCGGCACUUCUCUCUUCCGCAACCUCUACAUCCUCAGCACCAUCAUGACCAUCUUCACCUCCAACGACGUCGUCGUGCUCACCGUAACCCCCAUCGUCUGCUACCUAACCGCCGAAACCAAAACCGACCCAACCUCUUACCUCUUCUCCACAUUCAUCGCCUGCAACAUCGCGUCUAUGGCGCUGUACAUUGGCAACCCGACGAAUAUCAUCGUUGCUCAGGCUUAUGAUAUCAACUUCCUCCAGUACUCAGCUUGGAUGAUUUUGCCGACGAUCGCGGGAUUGCUCACAGCUUAUAUUUUGUGCUACUACACCCUGCGCAGCCUGAUCCCGCCCACCAUCCCCCCACCGCCCGCGGAAGCAGAGGAACGGUAUAAGGUGGAGCGCAAGUGGGACGCGGUGUUUGGGUGUGCGGUCCUCGGCGUGUGUUUGGUGGCGUUGAUGGUGGUCCCGCUGUUUGCGCAUGUGGCGGUGUGGAUACUCACGGCGCCGUUUGCAGGGGUUAUGCUGGUCAAGGAUGACGUGGAAAUGGAAGCCGUGCCCGCCGUUGCAUCCUAUUCCGACCGCGGCGUCCUCACCCGCUCCGCCUCCCGAUCCCGUAUCCACCACACUCCUCCCCCAGCACACACUCCACCACACCACGACAGCGCCACGUCCCUCAAAGACUCCUCGCUCCACCCACCCACCUCAACCACCCACCUUCACAUGCCUCCUACUGGACCCACCACCUCCAGCUCCACCCACCGCCCACCCCCAACAACACCCGAAAUCCUCCUCCGCCUUCCCUACCCCCUCAUCCCCUUCUGCUUCGGCAUGUUCAUCCUCUGCGAAGCCUUCUCCCACACCGGCUGGGUCGCCCUCCUCGCGCGCGCCCUCGCCCACACCUCCGCCGGCGGCCACCUGAUCCCCAUCGUCUUCAUCACGGGGGCGGUGACCACCCUGGCAUGCAACGUGAUGAACAACCUGCCGAUGGCGAUCCUGUUCGCGCGGGCGGAGGACCACCACGCACAUGUGGAUGCCCUCCGACGCGGGGGCAUGUUUGCGCUGAUCGUUGGAUCGAACCUGGGCGCCAACCUCCUCUUCAUCGGAUCGCUCGCGGGGUUGAUGUGGUCGCAGCUGUUGGAGAAACGCGGCGUGCGGGUCAGCCAGGGCAUGUUUCUGCGGAAGUGUGUGAGGAUCACGCCCGUGGUUGUUGUUGCGUGCUGCGCCGUGCUGUGUGCCGAGUUGGCUGUUAUGGGGUUUUAUGUGUGA